AUGGCAUGUAUCGCCAUCAACGAAACAACAGCUGUCGUCGAGUGGCAGUGGGAGGGUGUCACGCGCAACUUAGCGACCGCCGAUCCCGAUCACGACGCGAUACGAUUUACAUUGCGACUCGACCGCGAGAGUCAAUCCGGCGCGCACUUCGAAAUCAGCAUUCCCUUCAGGUUCAAGGACAAGCCGGCUGGGGCAGGCGUAUGCCUCCGGAUAAAUCCCUUCUUUAUCAAGUCCUUCGCUUUUUCCGACGUGCCGAACCCGCCCGAUGCCGUAAAACCCAUAUUCGAUGCGACUACGUCCCUCGACUUCGCCCUGGAUAACAGAAUCACCGUUCUUAUUCCUAGCGAUGUUGAAGAGCCGGUUGUAGCAGCUCGUGCGCGAUCGGGCAAGGUCCUCGACUUGAUACACGAGCUCUCUUGUAUCACCUCCCUGCGUAUCUACAUUCAACAGUCUCUGCUCUCGCCCGAUGAGCUCAAGACCAUCAGCGAGGCUGUGGAACAACGUCAAAUCAAACCCUCCUCCGAUCCAGACUAUGACGUCUCACGAAUGUUCAGCGGCACCGGCGCAAAAGUCACAACAAUUCCUCCCCCCAAACCCCCGUCUUACAAGAAAGCAACGAGAAGUCAAGCUCUCCCGAACGCUCCGUCCAAUCGCAAACGGCCCCGACAAGACAGCCACCCCGAAUUCUUCAACCAGUUCUGGGAUAAGCUCCAGAAGCUGGAAUCCAAGGUUGACGACCUGCAAGCCGACAACGCCAAGCUAAGAGCCGAUAACGCUCAGCUCAAAGACAAGGUCGAACGCCUGGAGAAGAAGUGCGAAGGGCUAGAACCGGUAGAUGCGGAGGAGGCUGUGAUAAUAGAAAUAAGAGAUGAUAUCAGCUCGCUGGAUCAUAGAGUCAAAUGCAUCGAAGACGCGAGGGAUGAAGAUUUAGAGGACAUAAAGGAAGGCGUAUUUGACGAGUUGGCGAAGCGUCUGACCGGAGGAUGA